CGUAGUUCUGUAAAUACGGAAGUAACAAAAACCUCCUGCGAGUUUCCUGAUGCAACACAAAUCACACACCGCUAACUCACGUCCGCUCAGUUGUCUGCGGUAGGACGGUGUUUGGAAGCCGCGAUUUUGGUGGAGUUUUGACGCUUCUCUCACGUUAAACUUACCGGGUCUGAAGGCGCGCGUGUCGGGCAUGAAUCCAACGGUUCUCUUCGCGCUACUUCUGCUGCAGGUGGGCUCCGCGUGCGCCAGGUGCUUCUGUCAGGUGAGCGGUGAACUGGACGACUGCACCUGUGACGUAGAAACAAUCGACCACUUCAACAACAAACUGAUUUUCCCCAAACUCCAGACUCUACUGCAGAAAGACUACUUCAGGUUCUACAAGGUAAAUUUGAACAAGCCGUGCCCCUUCUGGACGUCCAGCAGUCACUGUGGCCUCAGGGACUGUGCUGUAAAGCCCUGCUCCCCUAACGAGGUGCCAGAGGGGAUCAGAACAGAAGCCCACAACAAGUAUUCAGCAGAGGCUAACUCUGAUCCAGAGGAGUGUGAGAGGUCAGAGGAGCUCGGGGCAGUGGACGUUUCUCUCAGUGAUGAGACCAGAGAGGCCCUGAAAAACUGGACCAAACACGAUGACGAGGCCCAGCGCUUCUGUGUGCUCGACGACGAGGGCGCUCCAGGCUCAGCGUUUGUGGAUCUGCUGCUGAACCCUGAGAGGUUCACUGGGUAUAAGGGUCCAGAGGCCUGGAGGAUCUGGACCAGCAUCUACGAGGAGAACUGCUUCAAACCGUAUUCUGUGAAGAGACCCCUGAACCCCGCCUACAGCAGCAGGAGCGGUUCUGAUGUGAGGACGUUCUACACCUGGCUGGAAGGGCAGUGUGUGGAGAAGAGGGCGUUUUAUCGGCUCAUCUCUGGACUCCAUGCCUCCAUCAACAUCCACCUCAGCGCCAGAUACCUGCUCAAUGAUGCGUGGUUUGAGAAAAAGUGGGGUCCAAACGUUACAGAGUUUCAGUCACGGUUCGAUUCAGAGCUGACAGAGGGGGAGGGGCCUAAGCGCUUGAGGAACCUGUACUUCCUGUUUCUGAUUGAGCUGCGGGCACUGGCCAAAGCUCUGCCCAUCAUAAAAGUGGGAUCCUUCAGGCUUUACACAGGGCAACCCCAACAGGACCAGAACAACAAGGAGCUGCUGCUUGACUUACUAAACACCGCACGAUCUUUCCCGUUGCAUUUCAAUGAAACGUUGCUGUUUGCUGGAGACGAGAGGGAGGCAGCUAAACUUAAGGAGGAUGUGCGUCUGGCAUUUCUGAACAUCUCUCACAUCAUGGACUGUGUUGAGUGCUUCAAGUGUCGUCUGUGGGGCAAACUGCAGACUCAGGGUUUGGGCACCGCUCUGAAGAUCCUGUUCUCCAGUCCGUCCUCACUUUCCUCCCCCCUCACACUCAACAGACAAGAACUGGUGGCACUCAUUAAUGCUUUCGGACGGAUCUCCACAAGCAUCAGAGAGUUGCAGAACUUCAGGGAGAUUUUGGCUGAAGACACGUGACCCUGGGAUCCACUUUAAACACUGCACUUUAUCUGGUCCCUGUUUCUGACGAGAGGAGGUUCAAAUCAGGCUACUAACAAUAACUCUCUCCACCAAUAGAUUUAUAGGUUUUGGAGAAUAUAAUUAUUUAAAUGAGCACUAUGUAACUUUUCUAGCAUAGGGUCUACUACCUGAUUGGCUCCAUGGAGAUGUUUCUUUGCUUGGAAUGUUUCACAGUAAGUUGCAGGUCAGAGGUCAAAGCAAUCUCCAUGGAGACAAGCACGUGGCAGCCUCUCCACCAGAAAAGUUACGUAGUGCUUCUUUAAAUUGAGGAACUAAACAAGCUUUAAUAAAAUUAUAAUGUAGAAUUAUUUGACUAUAUACCAUAGACUAUAUAAAUAAAUGGAUGUAGCUAAUGAUGUAGCCGGCGCAUUCCAAAUAGGAAGUACUCAUGGGCGCGCUUCCGGCUCCAUUGACUCUGGGUCAUUCAUUUUACAUUGAAAAAUUGUCAUCCUCUCUGUAACUGCUGCAGUGAGCCUCGUCAUUUUAGUCGUAUUGACCCGCUCUACAUGAUCCUGGUGUUUUCCUAGUAUUUUCACUCUUAUGUCUGUAAAUCAAGAUAUGAACAUUAAUAACUGACAAACCGGGUGCCUUCUUUCCACGAGGUCACUCGCACUGGCGUUAGCAACAGGUUAGCUUGACAGCGUUGCUAAGUGUCCACUCCCCGCUAAACUAGAGGUGUGGGCAGGAAGGCACUCUACCUUCAACAGUCUCACUUCAGAUUGGCUCUUUGGUUGCUAUGAUACUCACAGUUGAAGUACCAAAUAUGGAACUCUGCUCCAAAUUGGCCCCUAUAACUGCUGGUCUAGUUGAGCUUCAUUUGACUGGAGCCGAACUCUAUUGGUGACGUCAUACUCACUUACUCCACUUUUUUCAGUCUAUGCUACAUACUGACCUAAAAAAUGUCCAGAAACCACUGAAUAAUUGCAGAAUUUUUAUUUGGAUUUUUUUUCUCUUUCUACCAUGUUAUAAUGUUGUUCUCUCAUCAAAAACAUGCCUCAAGUGCUUUUAUAUGUCCCCCAUGCAUGUUUGAGUAUUUUAGCAAUCUCUCCUUGGCACUGUUCAAAUGCUCCUUACAGUUAGCUGUGCAAUGCAGAACCCACACCCCUACAUCAUCCAUUCUACCAUAUGACAAUUCUCCAUAAAUAUACAAAAGCAUGAUACAAAACUACCCAACAACUUCACAAACCUGAUGUGAUGUGCAGUAGUUAGUCAGCAGGAUGCUGGUGUUAUGAUAGCACUCUGAAGGGGGAGUGGCUUAAUGCGGGAAAUACGUUGUUUUUGGCAAAUAUAGCUUUAAAAAAACAUUUAUUUUUUUUUAAAGGUAACAUGGUGAUCUUAAUAUAUUAUGUGUUAGCAGUUAAUACCCUAUACUAUAGUAGCAUAGUAAGUAAAGUACCCACUCUUUAAAGUCAUUUUGGCUCCCGUGGUUCCUCUUUGUGGUUGAUCUAAUCAAAGCUUGAUGUAAUUAUAUUAACCUUGAUUAAAUUUGACUGAAGUCACUCAAAAGCCAAAUACAAACUAUCAGUGUUAUCAGAGCAAGUUUUGUCUGUAGUGAGGCUGUUUAGAGGCAGCUGUAAUUGCACUGUAUGCCUGCAGGUGACGCUGGUUGUUCAGUUACAACACUGAAUGCAAAGUGUUUACAAUGUGGUUGAUCUGUUGGGCACAAAUUGCACUAUUUUUUCAUGUAAAGAUCUUUAAAUGAUCCUUCAUAUUUUUGUGUAGUAAUAAAAUGAACAGUUUGGG